AUGGACGAAAUUCUCAACAUUCCAGCAGCAGUGAAUUUUGAUGAGUCCAUAGCUCAUUAUGAAAUUCAUGCUCAUCAACCAUAUGCUUCAUCAUCUUUUAACAAUAGUGAUGAAAUUCGGAUUCCAGUUCAACAUCAAGAUUUAUGUAUUUUACGGAGUAAAAAUUCAUUGCACAUAUUUGGAAAAUUGACUAAAAAUGAUGGCAUUGCUGUUACGGAAAACGUACACUUGACUAGCAAUGCAAUAUGUUUUUUAUUUGAUGAAGUUCGGUAUGAAUUAAAUGGUAUCGAGAUUGAUCGAUGCAAAUACGUUGGACAUACAACUAUUAUGAAAAGUUUAGUAUCUCUAACUCCACCGCAGCUGAAUCUUAUAGAAAAUGCAGGGUUUUCAAAAAUUGAAGCUGAUGCAAGAAUAACUUUAGAAAAUGGAUAUUUUGAUGUUACAAUUCCACUGAGCAUGAUUUUUGGCUUUGCCGAGGAUUAUAAGAAAAUUCUUAUGAACGCCAAACAUGAACUUGUUUUUACAAGAGCGCGUAAUGACACUAAUGCUAUAAUUCAAACAGGACAAGGAGCUGAUGAAGAAUUUAAAAUUUUCAUCAAUAAACUAGAAUGGAUGAUUCCAUAUGUUUUACCUGCUGAUAAUAAUAAAAUAAAAUUAUUGAAAUUCAUCGAAAAAGACCCCUUAAUUUCAAUAAGUUUUCGAUCAUGGGAAAUGUAUGAAUAUCCUUUAGUUCCUAGAAGUUCAAAAGUCCUAUGGCAAAUCAAAACUUCCACCCAAUUGGAAAAACCACGAUAUGUAAUUGUUGGAUUUCAAACAGCGAGAAAAGAUAAACGAAAAAAAUAUGCUUGUCAUUUUGAUCAUUGUAAUAUUACAAACGUAAAACUCUUUUUAAACUCUCAGUAUUAUCCUUAUGGUAAUUUGAAUCUAAACUUUGAUCAAAAUCAGUAUGCUUUACUUUAUGAAAUGUAUGCUAAUUUUCAAACUUCUUACUAUGGAAAAGAUUCAAAACCUAUAUUAACAAAGAAUAUUUUUAAACAAUUAUUUCCUUUAAUUGUUAUGGAUUGUUCAAAACAAAAUGAGUUUUUGAAACAGGCAUCAGUAGUUGUACGAUUAGAAUUUGAAUCAGGAUAUAACAUGCCGGCUGAGACUACUGCAUAUUGCCUAAUCAUCCAUGAUCGCGUUGUACAAUAUAAACCAAUCAGCGGCGUCGUUAAAAAGUUGCUAUAG